CAACUCGCCAAACCAUGGUACGACCGCUACCACUUGUAUCCACACUCGGACGCUGAACGCACAUUCACAGGAACAUGGUCAUGGUGGAGUGAGGAACUCAAGCUGGCACUCGAGCAAGGUUACCAAGUCUAUGAAGUAUGAAACCUGGCAUUUUGAACCUCACUCUUUUCAAAGAGUAUAUCAACACAGCUAUUAAAAGUAAAAUCUAAUCGGACGGCUGGCCUUUCCCCGAUGUCGCCAAUCAUUCAGACCGUCGAGCCGACUACCUUCGCGACUACCUGCAGCGUGAGGGAAUGGCACUCAACGCAGAGCGUAUCGAGAAAUAUCCCGGUCGCCGAGCCCCGUGUAAACUCAUGGCCAACAGCUUUUGUGCAAGGUCGGAGAGCAAACCAAUAAGACAAGUGACGACCUGUCAAACAGCUGACCAGUUUUUUAACCUUUCCGAGGACUAUACGAUGAUCAUACAUGGCCUCUUACCCGUAGAGGAUGAGAUGUUGGAUGUUUAUCAUUCUUUCGUCACGUCUGUGGGGGAACUCUCCUGUCGAACGAACAUCUUCGUGGCCAUAUGCACCACGGCGGAAUCUGGGAUCCACCUGAGUUCUAUCGAGAAGGACUCCUCCCGCUGCGAGAUCGCGUGCUGUACGUGGAUGGACUCGGUCAUGUAUACAGUCAGCCUUGGUCUGAAACGUCUACCACGC